CGACUAUCAUGGCGUCCAGAAAUCAACACGUGCUGGACACAGGCACGCCACUAGAAAUCAUGGGCGAAGGAGACAAUCGUGGAGGCUCCUCAUCAUACAACAAGCUGAUCUUCACUGUUGUACCUUUGCUUGUCGUUGCUAUUCCCAUGGUAUUGGCCUUUUUGUAUCUUCGACAAAAGCAACACCGCAUCUACGCGCCUCGCACGUUUUUGAACACCCUGGAAGAUGAAGAGAAAACACCCAAGCCGGCAUUUGGCAUGUUCAACUGGAUCUCUGCCUUCAGAAAACUGCCCGACCAAUUUGUCCUGAACCAUCAGACACUGGACAACUACCUCUUCAUACGCUACUUCCGCAUGCUCACAUACAUCUGUCUUGUAGGUACCGUCAUCACCUGGGUCUUCCUGCUUCGCGUAAACUACAGUGGUGGUGGAGGCCAAUCUGAGCUCGACAUGUUCACAUUCAGCAAUGUCUCAGACCCCAACAAGUUUUACUGGCAUGUUGCAUGUGCAUGGCUCUUCCUUGGAUUCGUCAUGUUUGUCAUCACCAAGGAGACUCUCUACUACAUCAAUCUUCGUCAAGCAUAUCUCACUACUCCCCGCAACGCAACUCGUAUGUCGACUCGUGUUGUACUGUUCACAGGCGUCCCAGAGGAUAUGCGUCAUGAGAAAUGGAUCAAGGCCGAUUUCUUCGGUGUCAAGCGUGUCUGGCUGGCCACAGAUUGUACCGAGCUCGAGUCUCUGGUCAACGAUAUGAACAAUACUGCCAUCUCAUUGGAAGAAUCAGAGAUCAAGCUGUCUACCAUUGCCACAAAAAAGCAUCUGAAAGGAGAGAAGCAUUUCGCGGAUGAUCCUGAGAGAGCAGGUACUGCCACCCAACAGUGGGUCGCACCCAAAGAAAGACCUUCCAAGCGCAUUGCACUCGUCGGCAGAAAAUUGGACGCUAUCGAGAUGUACCGUGAGCAGCUGAAGGCAAUAACACCAAAGGUCAAAGCUCUUCAAAAGAGACAUGUGCAAGGCUAUGGAAAGCUCCUUCCUGCAGCCUUUGUCGAGUUUGAGACUCAACGCGCAGCACAACUUGCCUACUCGGACCCAUACUGGAAACAACCUGGAAAGAUGGAAGCAGCGACUAUUGGAAUUUCAACUCCCGACGAGAUUGUCUGGGCAAACCUAGCAAUCGGCAAACCUGAGCGUUGGGCACGCACCAUCAUUGCGAAUACCAUCAUCAUACUCUUGAUUGUCUUCUGGUCUAUUCCCGUCGGUCUCGUUGGCUCGCUUGCUGAUGUCGACAACCUUGCUCAGAACUUCCCUCCUCUUGGUUUCGUUAAUAAGCUUCCAGCUUCGACCAAGGGUGCUGUUAGUGGUCUUCUUCCCACACUCUUGAUUUCUGCUAUCUUGGCUCUUGUACCCAUCAUCUGUCGNCUAUCACGAGCUAAUUGGGUUUUAGUCACUGCCAGAAAGGCCGGAUCCAUUACACUCGCACAGAUUGAGCUUCGUACACAAGGAUGGUACUUCGCCUUUCAAGUUGUGCAAGUCUUCCUCAUCACCACGUUCAGUUCUGGUGCCUCGACGGUUGCUAGUGAGUGUUUUGAUGUCUCAUGGCUGCAUACUAUCAAACUAAUGCUUCCCUGCAGANNACAAAUUUGGAACGAUCCUGCUCAGGCACCCAAGCUUCUUGCUGACAAUCUGCCCACUGCUUCAACUUUCUACCUUUCUUUCUUCGUCCUUCAAGGUAUUGCCGUUACAGCUUCAACUAUCUUCCAGAUUGCGCCUUUCCUCAUCUUCAACGUGUUGUCACCCUUCCUAGACACAACACCCCGUAGGAAGUUUGAACGAUUCAUCACUCUCACUGGACUCAGUUGGGGAGACACCUAUCCCAAAUUCACUCUNUUUGCUGUUAUAGCAAUUUCUUACUCUUGCAUUGCUCCGCUUGUUCUCGGGUUUGCCCUGCUUGGUAUCUAUUUCUUGUACCUAGCCUUCCGCUACAACGUUUUCUACGUUUUGACUAUGGCUGUUGACACCAAGGGUGAUGCCUACGGUCGAGCCUUGCAGCACCUCAGCGUUGGAAUUUAUCUUGCAGAGAUUUGCUUAAUUGGCUUGAUGGGUGCGCGGGAAGCAGAUGGUCCAGCAAAGUUAAUGACUGUUCUGCUCAUCCUCACCAUCAUCUACCAGACCUACCUCAACAUGAUCCUGGCUCCUCUGACAAACACACUGUCCGACAAACUCAUGGCUGAGAAUGAGGAAGAAGCAUUAGCUCAAGCCGGUGAAGAGGGUGCAUCUGCACCGAUUGAUGUGGACGGGGACGGCGUACAGCCCAAGCAGACUGCACCCUACUCUGACAACAAGACCGUCAACGCCUUUGCUGAGCACUUCAAGCGAGGCGGUCUNCUUGCCCCCUUCCUCUUCAACGGUUCUAAGAGCAACUACUCGGCCCUUCGUCGCCAACUUUGGGAUGCNUUUCCCGGUCAACCCGCUCCUGCCAUUCCCGAAGAGACGAUGAAGCAUGCUUACCACCACCCUGCCAUUACCGCGGAGCCUCCAAAGCUCUGGAUUGUCAGGGAUGAGCUUGGUGUCUCUGCACAAGAAAUCAAGGAGACGAAGAAGGUGAUUGACAUCUCCGAUGAGGGCGCACGCUUCAAUGAGAAGGGUAAGAUUGAGUGGGAUGAAGAUGAUGUGAGACACGCUCCCAUCUGGAAGGAUAGAGUUGAAUAU